AUGUUACGAUGCCGCAUUAAAAUAAAUUUUAUUUGGAUUUCUGGGCCAGUCUAAAAAUGUACCGGUCUAACCGCAACAUAACCACCGCAGCAUGACAGCUCGCGUGCAGUGGUAGUGGUAGGUGAGAGAGAUGAUGAGAUGAAGGGUGAUGUAGAAGUAGCAAUCAAUAAAAGAAAACAACGGAUUUCGCCAUCGUAAAAACACCGAAUUAAAGCUCUUUAAGUUGGAUUAUUUUCGAGUAAAUUGAAUUAAUUAGUUCGUUUAAUUUAAUUAAAAGCUAGGAGUGCGGUGUGAAGCAAUAUAGGGAAAACUUCCGUAACUCGAUCCCAAACCAAAUACCGGGUAUCUGUAAGGAUCCUGAAACAAGGAAAAAUACCCCAAAAAACCUGUCGUGCUACUGAAUAAUACUGUAAGUAGAUGCAAAUAGAGAUAUCGUACGGUUAGAACUUCAUAAUGGAACAUUUUGCGAUUCCAAAAUUAGCCUUCGUACGACACACACCGAUUAGGGUAACGGUACCAGGUAUCGUCUAACUACGCUGAAUCAUUUCGGACAAAAUAUCGUGGUAGAGGAAACCACUAAUUUUUAAGCGUUGCUUCAAAAAACCUGAGCCGCUGUAAAAAUCUGGUUUCCCUCUCGGGAACAUUCUUAAAAAUUAGUGACACCCGCGAAGUGAUUCCCGCGUAGUGAAAAGUGUCAAGUGAGGAGUGAAAACCUGCAGCAAGAUGGCUUCCGAUGCAGAAUCCACCCACGACCAAACCAUCAUGGACCUGACGGCGACUCCGUGCGCCAUCUGUGGCCCGUCUACGCGCGACGAAGUGAUGGUCGGCUGUGAUGGAUGCUCGGGAUGGUUCCACAUCCGUUGCGUGGGCAUCGAGGAGGGCAAACUGCCGAAGAACAAGGCCUGCCAGGAGAAGGCCCAGGAGUACCAGCAGAAGCAGAAAGACGCCAAGAAGCAGGCUCGCACCCGGAAAAACGGCAACGAGUCUGACAAAUCCAGCGUCAGCUCUCGCCUAGCUUCGUCUAGCGUGGAAGCGAAGGUGCGAGCGCUAGAAGAGAAGCAGAAGCGACAGUACGAGGAGAUGGAGGCGGAGCUACUGCUGCAGAAAAAGGAAAGGGAGAUGCAGCGUGCGUUCGAGCAGCGAAAAAUGGAAUUGGAGCUGCAGAUGCGCGCUGAGGAACAAGAGGAGCAAAGAGCUUGGCAAGCGGAAAUGCUCCAGAAGAAGAAGGAACAGAUUCGGCAGAUGAAGGCGGACCAAGACUCGUUUGAGCUGCAGAUGGCGACCAUGUAUAAGGAGUUGGCGGAACUGUCGGCUCAAAAAUCCAAACCGGAGCCGAAAGUAGUCGCGGGUGCUUCAAAAGCGGGCCAUUCCGGCAAAGUCGACCAAAAUGUGUUGAAGCUGAGCAAGGCGAACGUGAGGAAACUAGCGCAAAGCUACGAAAGCUCCGAAGAGGAUGAGGAGGACGACGAUUCCGGUGAUUCGGAUCUGCAGAGCCAGAGUUCGGACUCGUCGAUGGAGCGCAAGGCGAAACUGAAGACGUACAAGAAAGUGGGAAGUGUCAGCCAAGACGGGCUGGGGCAGCAGCAGACCGGACCGACGAAGGCCCAGCUGGCCGCGAGGAAGGGGUUAACAUAUAAACUUCCAAAAUUCUCCGGCAAACCAGCGCAGUGGCCAUUGUUUUUCGCGGCCUACAAAGCGUCCAAUGAGGCCUGUGGGUACAUGAACCACGAGAACCUGAUGCGACUUCAGGAAGCGCUGGAAGGUGACGCUCUGGAACUGGUGUCUGGCCAGUUACUGCUUCCCGAAUCCAUCCCGCAGGUCAUCGAGAAGCUGCGCCGACACUUCGGCCGCCCGGAACAACUGCUCCAAAGCCUGUUGGACAAAGUGAACCGGCUGGAACCCCCGAGGGCGGACAAUUUGCGGAGUUUUGUUCCAUUCGGAAAUACGGUGGAGCAACUCUGUGGCCAUCUGGAGGCCGCGGAUCUGAAGCAGCACCUUGUUAACCCGCUGUUGAUCAAAAGCCUUGUCGCCAAGCUACCAGAUCGAGAGAAGCGGGAAUGGGUCCAUUACCGGAGGGGCCACGGGGAAACAACCUUGCGAACGCUGACGGAUUUCUUAAUGGACAUCGUCGCAGACGCCUGCGAAGCCAACGUGGAUGUCGAGUUCGUGCCCUCUCCGCCGUCCAAAGGAAUUCCACCAUCCAGAAAAAAGAUGCCGAAGGAGAAAGGUGGACUAUACAGCCACAGCGAAGCCAGCGGAUCGGCCGCCAACGCCGGCGAGGAAAAGGUUUUGAAGCCCUGCAAACAAUGUAGGAGGACGGAUCAUCGGCUGCGACACUGCGGCGAAUUCAAGAAACUGCGGUAUGCGGAUCGGCUGAGGCUGGUGAACCGGGAGAAGCUGUGCCACGUGUGUCUGAAUGAACAUGGAGGGCAGUGCAAAUUCAAAAUUCGCUGCAACAUCGGUGACUGUCGAGACUUCCACAAUCCGCUGAUGCAUCCGGUCGGAAACACGGUCGGGCUCAGUGCACACAUCCGGACAAACUGCACGGUAUUGUUCCGGAUCGUUCCGGUACAGCUGCACUACGGUGGAAAAACGGUGUCAGUGCUGGCGUUCCUGGACGAAGGUGCUUCCGUCACACUGGUGGAGAAAAAGCUCGCCGACCGUCUGGGCGCGGUCGGAGUACAAGAGCGAUUGACCAUCCGGUGGACGGGAAACAUGUCGAGGGUGGAGGAUUCCCGAAGAUUGAGCCUGUGGGCAUCGGGAACAGGCGCAGCCGCCGGCAAGAUGCGGUUGCACACGGUGCACACUGUGGGAAAGUUGAUGCUGCCGCACCAAAAGUUGGAUUCGCAGGAGCUUGCCGCACAGCACGAACAUAUGCGAGGGCUGCCCAUUGAGUCGUACGACGGACAGCCGCAGUUGCUGAUUGGGGCGAACAACAUCCACUCGUUCGCGCCGAUAGAAGCGAAGGUGGGUACGCCCAUGGAACCAAUAGCGGUUCGCACUAAAUUGGGAUGGACGGUGUAUGGGCCGCGGCAAACAACCUCGGCGGCGGCCGGUAAUUAUCUCGGCUACCACCAGCAGAUUACCAACGAGGACCUGCACGAGCUGCUAAAAAGUCAUUACGCGCUGGAAGAGUCAGUGGUGGCAAUCCCGCAGGAAACAGCAGAGGAGAAACGCGCCCGGGAAAUACUGGAGCGAACCACCAAACGCGUCGGUGACCGUUUCGAAACCGGACUGCUGUGGAAAACGGACGAUCCACGAUUCCCGGACAGCUACCCGAUGGCGGUGCGCAGAAUGAAGCAGUUGGAGAAGCGACUCGACAAGAAUCCGAAGCUGAAGGAGAACGUCUGCAAGCAGAUCGACGAGUAUCAGCAGAAGGGGUACGCACAUCUCGCUACCGCCGAAGAACUGGCCGGUACUCCUGCCGACCAAACGUGGUACCUGCCGAUCAACGUCGUUCAAAAUCCCAAGAAGCCCGAGAAGAUUCGUCUAGUCUGGGACGCGGCGGCGACCGUGCAAGGAGUAUCCCUAAACUCACAGCUGCUGUCAGGGCCGGACAUGCUCGUCCCACUCAUCAAAGUGCUCUGCGGGUUUCGUGAAUGGCGGAUUGCCUUCGGUGGAGACUUGAAAGAGAUGUUCCACCAGCUGCAGAUUCGCUCCGAGGACAAGCAAAAACAACGUUUCGUCUUCCGAAAAGAUCCGGAAGAACCGCCACAAAUCUACGUCAUGGAUGUGGCGACAUUUGGGUCGACAAGCUCUCCCUGCUCGGCUCAAUACGUGAAGAACCGGAACGCCGAAGAGUUCGCCGCUGAGUAUCCUGAAGCGUCGGUGGCCAUAAUACGUCGGCAUUACGUCGAUGACUACUUCGACAGCGUCGACACCGAAGAGGAGGCAGUGAGGCUGGCGCAGGAAGUCCGGCUCGUCCACAAAAAAGGCGGGUUCGAAAUCCGAAACUGGGUGUCCAACUCGCCGGGAGUUCUACGGAGCCUGGGAGAAGCGAAGCUGGCGACGCCGGUGCAUUUCGGCCGAGACAAGCAGACGGCCAAUGAGAGAGUCUUGGGAGUGAUCUGGGAUCCGAACACGGACCAGUUUGCGUUUUCCACGACGCACCGCGAGGGGUUAAUGCCGUACCUAUACGAGGGAAAGCGGCCGACGAAAAGACUAGUCGCCAGUUGUGUGAUGAUAUUCUUCGAUCCGCUCGGAUUGCUGUCGCCGUUCACCAUCCACGGCAAGAUCAUCAUCCAGCAUCUGUGGCGGUCCAAGUGCGAUUGGGACGAGGAAAUCGAUCCCAAUUCCUGGGAGCUGUGGAAGCGGUGGACGAGUUUGUUACCGGAGGUCGAAGCUAUCCGGAUUCCACGUUGCUAUAUUGGCGACGCUAGAUCCAUCGAAGUCGAUUCGUUGGAACUCCAUAUCUUCACCGAUGCCAGCGAACACGGAUACGGCUGCGUAGCAUAUCUGCGAGCAGUCAUCGACGGGAACGUCCACUGCAGCCUGAUGAUGUCCAGGGCUAAAGUGGCGCCGGUCAAACGGCAGUCGAUUCCCCGUCUGGAGUUGAUGGGCGCGGUGAUGGGGGCCAGGAUGAACCAAGCCGUUCUGGACACGCACUCCUAUCAAAUCAACCGCACCGUUUUCUGGACAGACUCGCGCACCGUAUGCAGUUGGAUCAAUGCCGAUCAACAUCGGUACAAGCAAUUCGUCGCCUUCCGGGUCGGCGAGAUACAAGAGUUGACGAGGGUAGCGGACUGGCGAUGGAUUCCGACCAAACUAAAUAUCGCCGACGUGCUGACGAAGUGGGGGCAAGGUCCGCCGUUGCAGGGCGACGGAGAAUGGUUCAACGGACCGGCGUUCCUGUAUCGGCCCCAAGACCAGUGGCCAACGCAAGAAGCGUCCAUUGAGGAGACGGACGAAGAAGCCAGAGGAAUCGUGUUGUUCCACGGAGCGAUCGACGUCAACCCGAUUUCCCGUUGGACGAAGUUGCUGAGGGUGACAGCGAGUGUGGUGCGCUUCAUUGACAACUGCCGGCGAAAAUGUAGAGGAGAGCCGAUACUGACCACGUGGGCUACAGCGAAACAGCGGCAGCUAACCCAACACGUUGCGGCCAACUAUCCGUCGGUGAAAGCCCCACUAGGCCAAGAAGAGCUUCGACAGGCGGAGACAAUCCUAUGGCGUCAAGCACAGUGGGACAGUUUCCCGGAUGAAAUGAGUGCGCUCACAAACAAUCUGGAGCGCCAGCCGGGCGGCCCAAUAUCGGUCGUCAAGAAAUGCAGUCCGAUCUACAAGAGUUCGCCGGUGCUGGACGAUGAAGGUGUGCUGCGGAUGGACGGGCGGCUCGCGAACGCGGAUGAGAGCUCUUUCGAUAAAAGGCAUCCUGUAAUCCUGUCCCGGUCCCAUGAAGUGACGCACAAGCUGAUCCAAUACUACCACGAGCAGUUCGGACACGCCAAUUCGGAGACCGUGUUUAACGAGAUGCGGCAGCGGUUCCAGAUUCCGAAAAUGCGACCGGCGAUACAGCAGGUUGUAAACAAGUGCGUCCGGUGUAAGGUGAACAAGUGCCAGCCGCGAUCUCCGAGGAUGGCUCCACUUCCAGUGGAACGAGUAACUUCUCGUCUUCGGCCAUUCAGCUCCGUGGGCCUUGACUACCUAGGUCCGGUAGAAGUUGCGGUCGGUCGGCGAAAGGAGAAGCGAUGGGUGGCAGUCUUCACCUGCAUGGCCGUGCGGGCGGUGCACCUUGAGGUCGUCCAUAGUCUCACGACGGAGUCGUGUCGGAUGGCCAUCGCUCGGUUCUGUAGCAAAUUCGGCAAACCGAACAAUAUCUUCUCCGAUAAUGCCACUUGCUUUCGGGGAGCAAGUAACGAGAUGGAGAAAAUCAAUAAAGCAUGCGCGGAGGGUGUUAGCAGUUCAUCAACCGCCUGGCACUUCAUUCCGCCCGCAACGCCACACAUGGGUGGCGUCUGGGAGCGGAUGGUACGGUCGGUUAAAGAAGCCAUGCGCGCACUCGACGAUGGACGAAGGCUGACGGACGAGAUCCUGGCGACAACACUGGCGGAGGCGGCCGAUAUGAUCAACACACGGCCACUAACCUAUCUGCCGCAGGACUCGACCGAAAUGGAAGCACUGACGCCGAACCACUUCCUACGAGGAACGGUGUCUGGUGCGGACGUGAAGGUGGAGGAAUCAGCUACACCCGCAGAAACUCUGCGGAACUUGUACAAGCGUUCCCAAUUUCUUGCGGACCGCAUGUGGGAACGGUGGAGCAGGGAGUACCUUCCUACGAUCAACCGACGGUCGAAAUGGUUCGACGAUCGACAGCCGCUCCAAGAUGGCUACUUGGUCUUCGUAGUCGACGGCUAAAACCGGAAGUGCUGGAGACGCGGCGUCAUCGAGGCAGUCAUCCAGGGCUCGGAUGGCCGAGUCCGACAGGUAGACGUUAGGACCGCCGACGGUAAGGUACAGCGACGAGGCGUGGUAAAUUUAGCGGCACUGGAGGUAAGGUAAAUCCGGGAAUGCCGGAUGUUACGGGCUGGGGUGUUACGAUGCCGCAUUAAAAUAAAUUUUAUUUGGAUUUCUGGGCCAGUCUAAAAAUGUACCGGUCUAACCGCAACAUAACCACCGCAGCAUGACAGCUCGCGUGCAGUGGUAGUGGUAGGUGAGAGAGAUGAUGAGAUGAAGGGUGAUGUAGAAGUAGCAAUCAAUAAAAGAAAACAACGGAUUUCGCCAUCGUAAAAACACCGAAUUAAAGCUCUUUAAGUUGGAUUAUUUUCGAGUAAAUUGAAUUAAUUAGUUCGUUUAAUUUAAUUAAAAGCUAGGAGUGCGGUGUGAAGCAAUAUAGGGAAAACUUCCGUAACUCGAUCCCAAACCAAAUACCGGGUAUCUGUAAGGAUCCUGAAACAAGGAAAAAUACCCCAAAAAACCUGUCGUGCUACUGAAUAAUACUGUAAGUAGAUGCAAAUAGAGAUAUCGUACGGUUAGAACUUCAUAAUGGAACAUUUUGCGAUUCCAAAAUUAGCCUUCGUACGACACACACCGAUUAGGGUAACGGUACCAGGUAUCGUCUAACUACGCUGAAUCAUUUCGGACAAAAUAUCGUGGUAGAGGAAACCACUAAUUGUGAGUAGUUUAAGUUAAGUAAAUGUAAGCAAAUGUUUAAUGAUUGUAUGUAUUUAAUAAAAUUCGCAGUUUAAGCGUUGCUUCAAAAAACCUGAGCCGCUGUAAAAAUCUGGUUUCCCUCUCGGGAACAGCUUAUGAAAAAAGUUAUAGUGUUGGUAUUGCUUGACGAAACAGCAUGAUUUUGUUGCUAUUGUUAUUCCUUUACAUGUUUAAACAUAAACACAUGCAUGCGGUUCGUUGGUUACAACUGUUUUACAAGCAGCAGAUCGCUUUGCGGUCUUCAACAAAGUUUUUCAGAACAUCCUACACUGAGAAAAAAAGUAUAGUAACGCGAACCACGGCAUUAUGCUUAAUUUUACCAUUCCCAAAUAUCGUGAACUCAACCAAAAACUUCUUUACACCUACAACAAAUCAAUGGAAAUUACCAUGCCACAUGGUAAUUGUAACAUGUUGAGAUAAAUAAUAAACAUAUUCAGCAGUACCAUUUGAUUUUUACCAUUUGUCGAGCAGGCAUAGUAAUAUUGACUCAAAAAGUGUUAGUCACAACUUUCAACAUAUUCGAUCAAACAACGCAUCAUAGUUAUGGCAAAUAUGCUAAAGUUAUUUUAAUUUUUUAGUUCGCUGUGUGUCAUUUCUGUCUCUGUUCGUCAUGUUGAUAAAUAAAUUUCAUUUCGGGAAACGUUCGCCGGAUUUAAGUGUACCGGAUCAUUGCUUCGGUAACAGCAAGAGGUAAGUUAAAACAGUUAGGGAAGAUUUAUUGGCCACACUCCCGAGCCUUAUUCUGAGCCGCCUGAUCUAUCCUUUCAGGUUCCCUUUGCCGCAAAUACAGUACUUCGCGGGUCACAGAGCCAGCACAUACAACGACGACAACCGUUUAAGAAAUCCGGCUCCCCAGAAGCAGCACUGAUCCUCCAAGUUGCGGCUCCCUCAGCAAUUCCAACCAGCGAAGACCUACCGUUCCGAUAAAGUCACCUCCGAAAACCCCUACGGAAGAAAAUGGCUUCCGCGAUAGAUUUUGGACAGAAUACCUUUCCCGCCAGCUCAAACGGUCCCGAUCCAUCUUCCUUUCAACCUACGGUACCCGACUGACUCGGGCCGAGUCCACCAGCCCGAAGUACACGACGCUGACCAAAAAACUGCAAAUCGCCAGUAACGGUUCCCGAGAGGUCGAUUCGUCAAUUAGCACUUUUCUCCUCGGAUAAGCUUUUUCCUCUGCCGGUACCGCAUCCACCACCGGAACAUCGUCGUCUGAUUCCCCGCAGAACUUUCAUCCGCUUCGUCCGCAUCCGAAAACUAGAUAAUCUGAAAAUCGCGAGUUUCUCAUCUUCACAAUUGCGGCCAAUAAAAUUCUGCCUAGCCGCCUGUGGAGAAUAUGGAUCAAGUGGUUAUUUAGCAAAUUAUGUUUAUGUUAUUAAAUUAAAUCAAUAAAUUUAAAUUCAUUUGUUUUCUCA